AUGGGAUACGUGUUACAAAUUGACUUCAAAUCGAAUGGACCAUUCGGAGAUGAAUUGGCAGAGGCAUGUGGUGAUUUAGCAAAAAGUAUCAAUGAAGAGGAAGGGUUUAUGUGGAAAAUUUGGACAGAAAGUCCAGAAAGAAAUGAGGUUGGUGGAAUUUACGUAUUCGAAAGUAAAGAAACAGCAGAAAAGUAUUUAGAUAUGCAUUCAAAAAGAAUAGGUAGCUUUGGUGCUACUGACGUUAACGCAAAAAUAUUUGCGAUUAAUUCUAAGCUUACGGAAAUCACUAAUGGGCCAGUAAAAUAA